AUGCUGGCCUUCCCCACCGUCUGGGCCUGCUGUUGCUGGCUGACGCUCUUCACCCCGCUGUCGACGCCCAUUGCCGAACUUUUCAUGGGCCAAGGUGAGGCCUUUGCUAUCUAUUCUUUCAUGGUGAUUCUCUUCAUGCUGGUAUCUGUGGAGGCCAUGAAGCAAGGAGAAGGCGUAGAGAUUGACGAGCCUUCGUCACCUUCGUCACGGACGUCCCAGGUUUCUUUGCGCCAGAGCAUCAUCCAGACCCUGCAGAAGUUUGGGCCGCAGAAAUACUUUGCCGUGCCUCCGUUCGGAUGUUGCUUCAGGCCGUGUGUUCAACCGCACCACAUCACAGCAAAGCAGUUGCUCUGGGUCUCCAGACUCGUGCGGCAAUAUGUGGUCAUGCAGGUUUUCGUGAAUGCCUACUUCAUGUGGGCGCGAUUCACAUUGGAUCCAUACUGGGAGGUUGAUGCUGUGGCGGAUCCCCUCUUGAAAGUGUCAGGCAUGGUCGCCAUGUAUGGCCUUUUUGUGAUGUAUGCGGCGACGCACGAGUUGCUGCAUCGCUGGAACACCACCAGGAAAUUCAUUUCUGUCAAGGCCAUGGUCGCUCUGAGCAUUCUGCAGCAAAAGCUUCUUGGGCUCCUGGUGCCACUGCUGGCAGAGGAGAAGAACUGUUGGGUGGAUCCGGAGCACCCCGAAGAGACGGAGCGCCUCGUGCAUUUCUGGGUCACUUUCGCCACCUUGCUGGAGACAGUUGUAAUGUCGCGGCUCAUC